AUGUCUUCACACAAUUUACGAGCGAGUAUUUUGCUCAUGAAAAGUCUUCGUUGGAUGGAUGCUAGGCCUGAAUCAUCGUCGUUGCCGGCCAACAACAAUCAUGGCAGAAAUGGUUGCAACUUCAAGCAUAAUACUUCCGAGAGAAAGGACGAGAUAGUUCCUCCAACUGAGAAAGAAAUUGAUAAUCUAACCAUCCCAGCACUGAAAGACGAACUUGCUAAAAGGAAUCUAUCAAAAAAGGGAAGCAAAAAAACUCUGGUUUCCCGAUUGAAGUCAUAUUUUUAAAGAACUCGGCCGCCAGAAAACGAGUGUAGUGCAGUCUCUGACUAAACUGAUACAUCGCUACUAUGUACCGCACGGGACGAAACCCGGGCCAACAAUUAAGAGAACUGCCAAUGCCUACCCCUUCUGUUAGAUUCUCAGAAUGAAGUGAAAGAAAUCACGGCUAGUUCGUCGCGGCAAAUACUGCCUAACCUGACUUCUAAUAGUGAGCUGACAAAGCUUCAAGAUGGAAACAGCGCCUUAAAACAGAGACUGCUACGACUCUUUAAAGCGUGA